CGCGUCAUAUUCUUCCAUCUUUCUAGUAAAUAUGGCGGCUUCAGCACCAACGUCGGACCCCGAUCCAAAUAUCCCAGAAUACGAAUUCGGCAACGCGAAUACUAAAAAGUUUCACAUAGACUCAUUCAGGAAAGAGUGGCUGAGUAGACUGAAGCCUUGCGAUUACUCUUACAGUGUCGAGGACGAAGACGCGUUUCACGCUAACUUUGCUCAGGAGAUGGGAGUCAGCGUGGACGUGAUGCGGGAGCUCAAAGAAGUCUGCAGCAUUGCGUCACUUCGUUGCCAUCCGGAGGACCAGGAGCCUGAUCCGGAAGUUGUACCCGAAGACCCCACCUUGAAAACUCUCGUCGAAAGGAAAAAGAAGCAAGAUUACAAGUCCUCUCUAAAAAUCAGCAAAAACAGACACGACCUCUACGCAGAUGAGCAGGAGCGUCUCGCCGUUAUGAUGAAACCAGAGGCCGUGGAAAGUAUGGUCUCCGAAGGAGAUGUCAUUCUCACCAUCAACGUCUACUAUCCGGCUACUUUCGAAAAGUUUUGCUACGUCCGACCCCACAUGACGCUGCUGCUGAUGGGCUCCCAAAGGCUGACGGAACUGCGGGAUGCCAUUUGCUGCGCCAGCGACCUGCAAAUGUGCGGCGAGUUCAGCAACGCGCCCGACAUGGCGCCGGACUUCGUCAGCAAAGACCACUACAAGUCGGCUUUCUUUUUCUUUGAAGGGGUGUUCUACAACGACAUGCGCUACCCGGAAUGCCGCGACAUCAGCCAGACCACAAUCACAUGGGCCAAGGCCAACAACUUCCCCCCGUACACCCAGGCCAAGAUGGAGGACACCAAGCUGUUGGAUCUGCAGGUGAAAGUGGGCUUCCCGUACCUCUACUGUCACCAGGGCGACUGCGAGCAUGUCGUCAUCAUCACGGAUGUCAGGCUGACGCACAAGGAUGACUGCCUGGACCGGAAGUUUUACCCGCUGCUAACUCACAAACACCGGAUCGCCACGCAGAAAUGUGCCGUUUGCUACACUUUCAUCGCCAGGUGGUGCACCACCGGCGACCAGUUCGCCCCGAGUCACCCUUGUGUGUUUUGCGACAAGUGCUUCCGCAUGCUGCACUACGACGCCGAUGGCAACAAGUUGGGAGACUUCCAGGCUUACCCCUACAUCGACCGCGGCGCUUUCAACUGAUGCUGUCGUGUUGACGCAUGUUUAUAGUUUUUGUGACAGGUCGACUUCCUGUUUUGUACAUUCUGUUUAUAUUUUAUAAGAGACGCAUAAUAAAGUUCAGACUUUGAAAG